CUUAUACAGACACCAAUCGCGAUUGACCACAAGUAGUGUCUUCCUCCACCAAGAUGCCAAGCAGCAAAGGCAAACCCACUGACCCAGAGCUCCGCGAGCAGCUCAAAGAAGAGAUCAAACAAGAACCCAACAAGUCGGGCGGUGGCGUCGGCCAAUGGUCGGCAUGGAAGGGUAUGAAGCUUGCCAAAGAGUACGAGGCACAAGGAGGAGAAUACGAGAACGAGGCGGGCAGCAAGAACGAACCAAAAAAGGGGGCACCGAAGGCCAAGAGUGCAAAGACCAAAAGGGAGGAGGAGGAGGAAAGAGCACAAGAGUCUGAGCCUUCUGAAGAGGAGUAAUGUGCAUGUUUGCGUGUGACAGAAGUGGUGAAGCCCAGUACAUGUAGUAACAGAUGAACGCCCAAAGCAAC